AUGGAAGAAGAAACAGAAGUUAAAUCUGAACCCUUAGUUGACACCCCCGUAGCUGCAGAUGAAAAUGCCACAGGUGUAGCUACACCCACUCUGAUGCCGGCAACGACCUUGAAUAGUUCCGAUUGCCGGGGUGAAUUGAUUUUAGAACCUGAAGAAGCUGAUCACAUAAACGAUGUAUUAUCGCAAACAGACUUUAGGUUUGUAAUUUAUGUGAACGAGCAAGAGUCGGCAAAACCACCUAAAAAAUCAAGACCUGAUCCAGCACUAUGGGCUGCCGGCCUCAUCGACGGCGCGACUAGCCCAUACGAAGCUAGACAUAGAAGAUCGUAUUCAUCUUUGAGGUCAAGAGACAGCGCAGAGGACGAUGCUCUGACGUUGUCGUCUUUCGAUGCCUCAGAGAAACGCUCAUUACGUAAACGUAAACAGCGGGUAAGGUACUACGAUGAGUUUGCCGAAGAUUUCGCUGAAUCCAACUACCGCGAAGUUAGACAUGAAAGGUCACAUAAGAGCCAUAAAGAGGCUCUGAGGAAACAUAGUUCCGGUAGUUACGAAAAACGUCAGUUAUACAGAUCAGUACCCGUGCUCAGCCGAAACUUGCCAAAGCUUCCUAAAGAUACUUGGGAAUACACAGCGUACCGAACAUUGCAGUCUAUUAAAUAUAUGGACAGUGAAAAGUGGUUCUGGUACCCCGUAGAUCCUAUAGCUGAUGGCGUGCCGAACUACAACAGAAUCGUUAAGACCCCAAUGGAUUUCCAUACAAUCACAGAACGUUUACACAUGCGAGAAUACUCAAAUCCAUUCGCUUUUCAAUGCGAUGUGAGGCAGAUAUUUUUCAAUGCCUUUUUAUUUUAUCCCAAAGAUAACCGCAUAUGGCAAGCAGCAGAACACCUGUCACGCAUAUACGAGGAAAAAUUGAGCACUAUAAGAUACCUGAACCCUGAAGAGUUCCACGCCUUGUUAAACAAAGGAGAGGAUGCUAUGCGUGCCAUAUUGCUUGAGUAUAAUGAAACCACUUUCAAUCGCAAGAGCAAGUGGCCAACAAAUGCACAAAGUAGCACUGAUGUCGAUCUUAGUAAACCACUUGAAAAGCGCAAGGCCGCUCAACACAACCGACACAAACAUAUUAUCGAUCAGUUCAUGUACAAUGAUGAUGAUGACGAUAGUUUUAACGAGCUGUCGUCUGUUGCAUCCGCUGACGAAUUCAUGAUGCCCUUAGAGUCGAUGCGUGGUAGACCUCGCAGCUCUAAGAAAAAGGGUUCCAAUGGGAGGAUGUAUUACAUCCAGAGGCGACCCAGGGCUGGUGAGACAUCUGAAAAUAGUGAUUCAGAUUCUCGAUUACGUUUCAUGGGUGAAGUCGUAAUACCUGAGGUUGGAUUUGUUCCACCGCCACCACCCCCAACGCUGCCGGCACUGCAAAAAGUCGGAGCUAUGGAACGCGGCCUCACACCCGCACAGACACGUACACUAGAUAUCAACCUCUCACGAUUAGCCCCGAACCAACGCAAAGCUGCAUUGGAACUGGUAGAGGACGACCUUGGUAUACUCGCGGAAGUAUUUAUGAACGACACUACAUUUACUUUCGAUCCUUCGCUUCUAUCGGUGGACAAACAAAGGAGAAUCUUCAUUUAUAUUAACCAAAUGGUAAAACGUAACAUUGAGGAUAUGCAGGCGGCAUACGAACGUAACAGGAAGUCGAGACCUUCUAAGCCAGGCACGGCACGCGACACGACGGAGCCAAACAAGGCCAACCCUUCGCAGAUGUUCGAUGCUUCAAGCAGUAGUAGUUCUACAAUCUCAGAUGUGGCGUCCAACUUCUUGAGUUCCGAUGAUUUCUUCGACUCGUCAGAUGACGAAAGAGGAAAUGUGAGCCAAAGUCCCGAGCAGCCACCAGCGAAUGAUACGCCGCUGCCGGAAUAUACUCCUGUGGAUGAGCUCAAGCCGGAAAAGGUGCAGUUGACACGUGGCAUCAUGGGUGAUCACGUUGACUUCCUUGCCCAUGUGGAGUCCCCACCACUAACCGAGGACGGUUCCGCUGGUCAGCAAAGUAAAAAGAGUGCGUGGACUGAAUGGAAGGGCCAAGCUAUUCAUCACGGAACCGUCGCGCAACAGAACGGUGUGAAGCCACGUAGCGUUGACGAGAAGAUUGCAGAAUCUUUUGACGCAAGGAUAUGA